AUGGCUGCAGAACAAGCAAUGCGUUACCCACCGAGACUUUACGAAGAAGGGAUGUCUAGCCUCAAGAAUAAAAGCAUGUGUACCUAUUUUAGGAUGGCAGAUUUCCCUGGGGUUAGGGAAUCAAUUGGACAAGACGCGUGGGAUGAGAUCAAUCAAUUACCUCUUGGAAUAGUUGCUAAAUUAGUUGAAAGCAAAUUCGUUUGGUCUGCUAAGACUGUACACUAUCUAUUGUGUAGACAGUUGAGAAUUAAACACAAAGAGCUUUGGUGUUUAGUUGGUGGCCAGCCUAUAAGGUUUGGUUUGAAUGAAUUCGCUCACCUCACGGGGUUAAACAUAGAUCCAACUCCAUCAGAGAAUUUUGAACCUUCAGUUGACUUCAAACAGUUCUUAACAGAAGAAUUGAAAGUUCCCGGUGGGGAAGGUCCAACAUAUGAUGAGCUACUUAAAGGAUUAUUAGUGUGCCGGUCAUGGUCUGUUAAGAAGCGCAAGUGGUUGGGGCUAUUGAUUUUUCUAGCCAUUGGACUCUACUGCGUGCAUCAUAACUCACGGAUACCAUUUGAAGCUGCAAAAAUAGUUUCUGAUGAUAAAGCCGUGAAGGCUUAUCCAUGGGGUCGGGUCGCAUUUGAGACUAUGGUUGAUAAUGUCAAGUGCUUGAAUCCUAGAGGUAGUUCGUACACCCUUGGUGGGCCGGUUUACGUGUUACAAGCUUGGGCAUAUGAUUCUAUCAAAUGCUUAGGAGAGCGAUUCGAGAAUUUAGUCGAGAAUGAAGAGAUCCCAUUGUUUCGAAGGCCUGGGACCCGUACACGUUCAGCAUUAGAUGUGGCCAUUGCUGAAGAUAUCAAAAAGUAUAGUGAGCUGCGUGUGAGUACAAUGGUGAUGAAGGGUGAUGUAAGUGAGCUUUUUCAUACGUGGCCAAAUCAGACAGAAGAAGACCCAGAACUUGUCAACUUGGUCAAUGACAUACAUGAGGAAAAGCUUGUUAAAGGUUUUUGGGAUGUGAAAGUGAAUGAGGACAAGAAGAAAGCUGGAAAAGUUAGAGCAGCGGUUGAGUCUGAAUCUCCCGCUAAGAAGCAGAAAGUUGAAAAGGGUGGUGAUUCUGGUGCAGAAGAUGCACAGAAGAAGAAGAAGAAGAAGAUAAAUGAGGAGGUAAAGCCUCAUGAACAGAAGAAUAAGAAGAAGAAGAGUGAGGAGAUAAAGGCUGAUAGUGAAGAGGACGAUGCUGGUGGAAUGGCGUCACUUAAAUUACUCGUGGGUAUGGUUUCAGAAAUGAAAUCAAGUAUUGAGACCAUGAAAUCAAAGGUUGAGACCUUUGAUGAUAAGUUCACACGUGUUGAUGAAGAAUUCGUCAAUAUGAAAGGCCUAAUUUCCUUCGUUGCCAGAGGUGGAGGCCUAGCUGGUCUCAUGAGUGGAGGCAAAAACAUUCAGAAUGACGGCACAUUACCACUCAAGAGCAUCUCCAAUAUCAGAAUCAGGGAUGCUUUUGGGAAAAAAAAAGAACAGACACCUGAAAUUCAGAAGAAACCGUCAAGCCAAGACUACUCUGUUACUAGUCCCCCGGAAGAAGAAGAAGAAGAAGCAGUUCUGGACAGUGACAUUAAUCGCUGCAUCAAGAAUCUAAAUAAGGAUUUCGAAGAGGCCACUAAAAAGAAAGAUGGUCUUCUUGAUUUCAUUGAGAAAUCUCCCUCUCCUGCUAAUAAGAAAAUGCGGCCUGUGACGCGGAAUUUAGAAAGCACAGCAGAGGAAAGAGGCCGAGGCUCAAAAGAAGAAAGAGGAGAACUUGCUGAAGAUGUUGUUAAGAUUCCUCUUGUCAAAUUCAAACUCUCAAAGGUUGAGGUUGAGGACAACAAAGGGGACAGGAAAGGGGACAACAAGGGGGUUAACAAAGGGGACAACAAAGGGGAUAACAAAGCUUUUGACAGUGAAAUAGAGGAUGUCACUGACAAUAAUCCUUUCGAGAACUUCAAAAUAUUACCUGAAUCUGAUGUUGAUGAAGAAGAAAAGAUUAGGAAUGAAAGGAUUAAAGGCUUAAGGAGAGCAAAUGUGAAGUUUGCUAAAGAUGAGAGUGCAUUAGAGCCACAGCCAAAUCCCCAUGUUUUCCUUAUUAUUGGAGAGAACGGGCUGACAUGUAUGAGGAAGAACUGUGUACCUUCUGUUGCAAUAUAUGAUCCUUUCGCCCCUGUUGAUCCGGCCAUAUUGGAGAGAUUAUUGGAACACUUAAGUCCACACUAUGUGUUGUUUGUUAGGGCUACCCCAUAUGGCGAGGCGGUCCCUGAAGUUGAAUUCUACAAGAGAAUCAUCACUGAAAGAAAGGAUUGGCCAGAUUCGGACACUAAGUAUGGCUGGCUGUGGGACGAUCAUGUUGCUGCGUUUAUAAGACUCCUCAGGAAACGGUUCCUUAAAGACCCCUGCCCAUUCCACACCAAACGUAUUGCGUUUAUAGACCUGUGGUUUACUGCUUUACUCAUACAUGAGUAUACUAAAACAUUCAAGGAAAGACCACAAAGGUUUAAAUUCGAUGGUGGACCCUAUGAGCUGGUUAAAAACUGUAUCUUGUUAUACAAUCCGGAGGUAACACCUGAAAGUGAAGCAAAAAUCAUGAACUCUGUUAAGCCGUUUGCGCAGAUGCUUCCGGCAAUGCUCAACGCUUUAGUCCCUGCUGAAAUCCGUCCACAUAGUAAGGCGAUGUUUUCCUUCAGAAGGAAGAGUAUAUCCAAGGUCCCUCAAAAUCGUAAUCCCGGGGACUGUGGUGUGUACUCUCUCAAAUAUGUGGAAUGCUUAGCACUUGGUGUUAGUUUCGAUGGCCUCUGUGAUGAAAAUAUCCAAGGUAUACGGCUGAAGAUGGCAGCAGACAUUUUCGAUGAGGCAGCGGAUUAUUACAGUCAGUUUCAGUAA